CACUUCCAUUACCGCCCUCAGCUCCACCCCCAAACCCAAACCCAAACUAACUCUCUCUCUCUCUCUCUCUCUCUCUCUCAUUUUUCUCUGGAAUGUUGGCUACUAACCCUAGCCUCUUCUUCCCCACCAAACCCUUCUCCCGCCGCUUCCGCGCCGCCGCCGGCGACCCUCCUCGGGCCGCCGCAUUCCCUCGCCUCGUCCAGUUCCCCUUCGCCGCCUCCGACGUCGCUUCCGUCAGCGGCCGAAUCGGCCUCGACACCGAGCUCGACGGCGGCGCCGCUCGGCCUCGCGGCGGAAGCUCCGGUGGUGGGACUAAGGUGACGGCGAAGGAGCCCAAGUGGUCGAGGGAUAGAGAGAGCUACUUGGUCGACGAUGUUGACGCGCUGCCACUUCCGAUGACUUAUCCGGAUACGGCUCCGGUGACGCCGGAGGUCAUUGACAAGAGGCUCCAGUGCGACCCUGUAGUUGAGGAUUGCAAGAUAGUUGUGUAUGAAUGGACAGGAAAGUGUAGGAGUUGCCAGGGCUCAGGAUAUGCUACUUAUUAUAACAAAAGAGGGAAGCAGAAUGUGUGCAAAUGCAUACCUUGCCAAGGAAUCGGAUAUGUACAAAAGAUAACAACUCGCACCGACAUUGAUGUUAUGGAAGAUUUGGAUAAGGAAAACCCACCAUGAGCUGAACAGAAAGUACAAUUUUGCAAUUUUUUCUUACAUCGGGAAUACUAUUUUUGAUGAGUUUUCAAUCUCCCGCUUUGAAGUGAAAGAAAUAGAUUUAUCAUUGUUAAUUAUUUUACUAGGUUGGGGAGCUAUGGAGUAGAUAAUAGGAUGAGGGCUUCAGACUAGUAAAAUAAGAUGACGGUGUUGUAGUAUUGCUUUUGUUUAGAUGAUCUGUAUCAAGAAUGCAUUGAUCCUUAGUAAUCCAUUUUAAUGUAAUAACAUUUUGUAUCUAAUUAUAAAGAAUCCUUAUCAACUUUGCACAAGGA